AUGCUCUUCUGCCUCCUUCAUCCAAUGGACCACAACACCGGACCUUUGGCAAGGAAGUCGUCUACGCUUUGUGCUCUGCUGCUGGUAUCCAUCGCUGCGCUCCUAGUGCUUCCAGUUACUGUACAGGCCAACGCUAAUGAAGUCGGAGUCGCCAAUCACACCUUGGAAAAAGAUCAAGUGACGGUCAAGCCUGGAAGUAUGCAGCUCAAAACGAGUCUUGAAUAUGACGAAUACAAGAAGCAUUUUCCGAGUGUCUGUGAUUUUAAAAUCACUCCCGAAAACAUUGAACUUCGAUACAAAGGCGAUGUUGGGUGCACUGUUGAACUGCUUACCACCAAAACGAACAUGAUCAAAUUCACGACCGGCAUAGAUUUGACGAAAAGUAGUUGUAACUUGGGUGUUUGCAAGGAUAAUGUGGCACAUUUCAGGGAUGGAUUUUCAAAUCUCAUGCCCUUUGCCUACAGCAGAAACAAUAAGGAUCUCAAAAAUCUCACUGAAGGUCCAGCCUAUGGGGAUAAUGAUUGUGCUAUAUCGAAGUGCGCGAGAGGGUGCAUUACUCAGACGUUUCUCGAGGUUUCGUGGAGUAAAUGUGGUGAAGAUAUAUACGCUCAUACCCAUCUAAUUGGUGAAGUUGAGCCGGGUCUGGAUCAAAUAAAAGAUUACACAAUGAGGGAAUUCAAUUUCAAUCUGGAGAUAUUUGAUAAUAGCAGCUUCAAAAUGGAUUUUGAGACAGGAAGUGAACAUCUUUACGAUGCGGCAAAGAAGAGAAUUUUCUGUGUUAAAAAAGAAGGAGCAAUUGCCAAACCAAAAACAUGGGAAAUCAAAAAUGGAGGUGAAGACCUGAAGGAUAAAUAUCUGCUCGUUUUUCAUCUACUUCCGUCAAAUGCUACACAAUUGCCAAAAGGAGGGAACUUUGAACCUGGAACUAAACCAAGAUGUCCUCUCUACAUCCGCUUUAACACGUCAGACUACCAAUUUCUUUAUGUUCCACCACCAACAACAUCUACAGUCACAACAACGACUAAAACAACAGCGGCAGGUACACAGCAAGGAAAUACUACUCCACCAACAGCUAAAGUACAGGAAGAAAAGGACACCGAAAAAAAUAGUAAAGUUUGGAUUGUGGUAAUUGUUGCGGUAGUGGUUGUAAUUGGCGUUGGAUUCUCUGUCUGGUAUUAUAUGGCAAGAAAACAAAAGAAACUUGAAAAAUUGACAAUCGCCGACACCUACGUCAUUAGUGAGUUCAACAGGAUGGACCUUGAUGAAGCUAUAAACAAGAAAAUACUCCUGUAUUUGUAUGAACCGGAUGUGAAGGAGAGAGGUCUUGAGGCAGCUGGUGAUUUCAAACAUUGGAAAAUGGAGAAGGGAUACACCAGACGGUUUGGUGAAGACGAUGCAGACUUUGAGAAGAGAAUAAACGAAGCGAUUGAAAAGACGGGGGCAAAAGUUGACACCAACGAUGGAAAGGGCAAAGAGGCGAAGAAGACAGCAAAAACUCCAACGGGAAAGGAGGCAGCUAAUAAGUGAUGGGAGAAGAUGUUCUGAGAAGUCUGUGGAUAAGAAUAAAAACUAGAAGUUGAGAGGAUAUUUGGGAAUAGAGAAUAAUUUGUGUGUAAAAAAUUUGUA